AUGGAAAAAGCACGGGGACUGUUUGGGGACACGAAACCUCUCAUAAGAGAAUGCUUAGCAGAAUUCCUGGGAGUCUACAUAAUGAUUUUGUUGGGUGUGGGGUCUAUGGCGCAGCUGGUGACCAGUGGGGGCACCAAGGGGGACUACGUCUCCAGCACCAUUGCCUUUGCCCUGGCCACCACCUUCGGCAUGUACAUCUGCAGGGGCGUCUCAGGAGCUCAACUGAACCCUGCUGUGUCUUUGGGCUUGUGUGUGAUGGGGAGACACCAGUGGAGGAAACUGCCCAUGUACACAGUUGCCCAAGUCCUGGGUUCUUUCCUCGGAGCAGCGACUGUCUAUGCUUUGUAUUACGAUGCCAUUAUGAUGUACACUCAGGGAGUCUUCACCGUGACUGGGCCCAACUCCACAGCACGCAUCUUCUCCACCUACCCCUCCGAAUACCUCAGCAUCUGGAACGGUGUGGUGGACCAGGUGAUAGGCACGGCGGUACUGAUGGUGUGUGUGCUGGCCCUGGGCGACAAGAGGAACUGGGCCACUCCUCCUGCGCUGGAGCCCCUGAUGGUGGGCCUGGUCAUCUGGUGUAUGGGCCUCUGCAUGGGCUCCAACUGCAGCUACCCACUCAACCCUGCUCGCGACCUGGGCCCGCGCGUCUUCUCCUACCUAGCUGGUUGGGGAAGCGAGGUGUUCAGUGCUGGCAACAACUGGUUCUGGGUGCCUCUGGUAGCUCCAUUCCUGGGUGCCCUGGUGGGCUCAGCCCUGUACUACGUCUUCAUAGAGAUGCAUCACCCUCCACUGGAACCGUCAGCUGGUGAUGACGGCCUCUGCCUUGGCAACAAGAUGCUGAAGCUGGACGUGCCUGAAAUGGACAUGAACAUGCUCAAAUCGGUGAAGACAGAUGGGUGCUCGGAUGCUGUGAAAUCAGUGAAGAUGAACAACACAUGA